AUGUCCCCAACACUCACCCCGCACCUCGCCGCCGUCCUCCACGGCCCCGCCGACAUCCGCCUCGAGCACCGCACCCUCUUCCGCCCCGCCCGCGGCGCCGCCCGCAUCCGCAUCCUCGCCACAGGCCUCUGCGGCUCCGACCUCCACUACUUCGCCGACGCCCGCAACGGCGACUUCGCCGUCCGCGCACCCCUCGUCCUCGGCCACGAGGCCGUCGGCGAGGUCGAGGCGGCCGGCGCGGGCGCGGUCGAUGCGUACGGCAGACAGCUCCAGGUCGGCACGCGCGUCGCGAUCGAGCCGGGCGUGCCGUGCUGCAUCGACACCGCGGGCAAUUCGAGCGGCGCGGGUGCUGCGUCGUCGGCGAGCGCGAAGAGCUGCACGCACUGCGCGUCGGGGCGCUACAACCUCUGCAAGGACCUGCGCUUCGCCUCCUCCGCCAAGACCUUCCCCCACCUCGACGGCACCCUCCAGGAAAAGAUGCUCCACCCCGCCGCCCUCCUCUGGCCCCUCCCCGACUCCGUCUCCCCCGCCCUCGGCGCGCUCGCAGAGCCGCUCUCCGUCGUCCUGCACGCCUCCCGCCGCGCACAGCUCUUCCUCCACCCGCGCUCCCUCGCCGCCCUCCCCUCUCCAUCCACCUCCAACUCCCCUUCUUCCACCCCUUCCACCACCCCCUCUCCCUCCGUCCUUUCUUCCUCCCCUUCUUCCACCUCACCCACCCCCUCCCCACUCCACAGCACAAACCCCAACCCCCCCAACCCCAUAACCGGCAUCGGCGCGCACGUCCGGCAGCAGGACAUCCUCAUCCUCGGCGCGGGCACCAUCGGCCUCGCCGCCGCCGCCCUCGCGCAGUGCUACGGCGCGCGCAAGGUCGUGUGCGUCGACAUCAACCGCCGCCGCCUCGAGUUCGCGAAGGCCGAGGGCUUUGUGGACGAUUAUUAUGUGCUUGCGCGUGAUGUGCCUGCCAGUGCGAGUGCGAGUGCGAAUGGAGCGAGUAAUUCAAACACUGCAACUUCAAGUAAUUCGAGUAAUUCGAGUAAUUCGAGUACCUCACCAGUAUCAGCAUCCACGCUCGCGCUGGAGCGCGGCCGGGAGCGCGCGGCGGCGGCGCUGAAGCACUUCGAGCAGCCCGACGGGUUCGACAUCGUGUACGAGUGCACGGGCGCGGAGGCGUGUAUCCAGAUGGCGGUCUAUGCCGCCACGACCGGGGGCAAGAUCCUCCUCGUCGGCAUGGGCACGCGCAACAUCACGCUCCCGCUCUCCGCCGCCGCGCUGCGCGAGGUCGACAUCCUCGGCAGCUUCCGCUAUGCGCACACGUACGCGGAGGUGCUGCGCCUGCUUGGUGUGUUUGCGGCGCAUCCGCGGAGGGGGAAGACGUCGUCUACCACCACGCUAUCUGAGUCUGUUACAUCCGACUGUGCUGCAUCCCCGGAGGGCAGUACGACGACGACCGCAUCGAUAGCGACAUCAAAAUCGAGUGGCGUGGAAGGACAAGCACAAGCACAAGCACAAGGAGAACGUGUGGGAGAAGCAGAACUUGUGGGAGAAGCAGAAGGCGCCGCGCGCUGGCCCGCCGCGCCGCGCCGCACGCUCCCGGACCUCACGCGCCUCAUCACGCACACCUUCCCGCUCGCGGACACGCAGAAGGCGUUCGAGAUGAUGCGCGCGGGCGUCGAUGCUGCGGGGGGCAUGGUCAUGAAGGUCGUCAUUCAGUGA